CUCCCCUCCCCACCCUACACACACCACGACGGACUUCUUCUCUUGGCUCGCCAUUGAGGCUUCGAGACUGAUUAGACUUCCACUUGUAUCUAUCUUCUUCAACCUCAACUUGAGACGUUGCUUGGGUUCAAUCGAUCAUCGCCACCACUCGUCGACAACUUUCGAGAUUUGCCCAAAAUUUCUGACAAUUCCAGGGAAUUUUCGUCUAUAACACUUUCUUUCACGCCGGGCGGCUGACAUGAUGGAAAGCUGGCAUUCGAAUGCUGGUUAUCCAUUUCUUCCCAAUUCACAAUCACUUCCAAACUUCUCGUCGAAUUUCUACGCCGAUGGAUUAACCCAUGCUCCACCUGACCUGAUCGACACAGAGGACGAUGAGUACUUACCUCUCAAUCCGAGUGCAUCUAAGAAACGUCGAACCACCAUCAAAAGCGCAGAUAAGAAGACCCGCGGAACAUCGAGGGACCAUGGAAAACGUCGACGCUCACCUACUUGCCUCCCUGUCAGCCCAUUGACCACGAGGGUCAAAGGGCUGAGAUUUUUCAGUCUUGAAGAAGCUAACGAUCAUGCGAACGAUCGCGUCACCCUGGCUCUUGAUCCUAAUGUCAAGGACGACCUGAUGAAUGUCAAAAGGGACGCCCAUCGUCACGUCAUGAACCUAGUACAGGCUUUCACGACGCAAGUAAUUGAUGAGCCGUCUGAACACCACCUGGAUCAGAUCGCCCUUACAGCCUGGCACCAGUUUCAAUCAAACCACGUCGAGAAAUGCAAACGUUACGCAGGUAACGAGACUGACAUUAUCGAAAUCUGUGCUUGGAAGGUCUACGGAAUCGUGAUGGACAUUCAUCAAAAUGGCUUGCCAAAGCUCAAUAAUAUCCCGCUCGACAGGAAGUCAAAAUGCUCCGAGCGCCUCGAACUCAUCACGAGCUCUGUCGCAAACUACGCUAUCGUUCGCUACGACGUUCUUCGUCUCGUCAAGCUGAACGAGCUUGCUGCAUCACCGUACAACUAUGUCUCACGCAAGAUCACAAACUGGAAAAACAACGAGCACAAAGCUCGUCGCGACCAGGAGAACGCCGACGCAGCCGCUCGGACUGGCACAGUGUAUCGCAAAGUCCUUGGCGACCAUUCUCGUUCCACUCCAGGCAAGAAGAUCAUCGUCAAACGCGAGUCACCACCCGUCACGCCGCCUCGUCUGAUCAAAGUGGAGGCGAGUUUCUCCAGUCAGGAUGAGCCUCGCACGCCUUUUGCGCAGACUUCACAAACCCCAGACUCCGACGUCAAGCGCUCCCUUAUCGAUGAAGCGGCCGGCGAUCUCUACUUCUCCAGCAGUCUAGACGCCUCAUACGAUCUGGAGGACAUCGAUCCUGUCCUGCGCCUCGCCUGACGAUCCAGCCAUCAUUUCCAUCGGCGGAUUGUCGCAGCAGACGCCUCUCAAGUACACCUUCCGUCACGUUGCGGAAAGACGAGACACAGAACCCU